AUGAACGCUGCGCAGGCACCUUCGCAGAGCAAGCGGCCGCCCGAGAAAGGAUCGUUCCCACUGGACCACUACGGUGAGGGCCUGAUGAAGCCCGAGGAGUUGGAGAAGCUGGGUUUUCACGAGGAAGGCAUGAAAAAGAUGUGGACGGAACAGACCAACGAGGGUAGAAAGGAAGGCGAGGGAUUCGUUGCAGGCCUGGGCAUCAAGAAAUCCCGUUAUGAGAAAAAGUAG